GCCAGCUUGGUUUGGUCUCUGGAAGUGGGCCAGGUCUAAGAUCCUGCCUCCAUCGACAGAAUGGUGUCCACAGGGCCAGAAACGAAGAAUCUUGAAAAUCAUCUCAACAACUGCUUUGUACGACCUUGCAACCCACAUAUAGCAACAAUGAAAGAAGAUGUUCUCUACCAUUUCAACCUCAGCACUAGCACUCACAAUUUCCCAGAGAUGUUUGGGGAUGUGAAGUUUGUGUGUGUUGGAGGAACCCCUUCCCGAAUGCAAACCUUCAUCAGAAACCUGGCCCCUGACCUGGGCCUUAGCAUCCCCGGUGCAGAUUAUCCCAACAUCUGUGAGGGGACUGACCGCUAUGCCAUGUUUAAAGCCGGGCCGGUGCUGUCAAUCAGUCACGGGAUGGGCAUUCCUUCCAUCGCUAUUAUGCUACACGAGCUCAUCAAGCUGCUGUACCAUGCCAGGUGCUCUGGCGUCACCAUCAUCCGCAUCGGCACCUCCGGUGGGAUAGGGCUGGAGCCUGGCUCUGUGGUCAUCACCCAGCAGGCAGUAGAUGCCUGCUUCAAGCCUGAGUUUGAGCUGGUGGUCCUGGGGAAGCCAGUGGUUCGGAGCACAGACUUGGAUGAGCAGCUCGUGAGGGAGCUGGCGCAGUGCUCUGCGGACCUGAGCCAGUUCCCCACUGUUGUGGGCAACACCAUGUGUACCCUGGACUUCUAUGAAGGGCAAGGCCGUUUGGAUGGUGCUCUCUGCUCCUACACAGAAAAGGACAAGCAGGAGUAUCUGCAGGCAGCCUACAUGGCCGGCAUCCGGAACAUUGAGAUGGAGUCCUUGGUCUUUGCAGCCAUGUGCAGAGCGUGUGGUCUCCGAGCGGCUGUGGUGUGUGUCACGCUUCUGGACCGCUUGAAAGGGGAUCAGAUCAGCAGCCCUCACGAGGUCCUGGAUGAGUACCAGCAGCGGCCUCAGCAGCUGGUGGGCCACUUCAUCAAGAAGUGCCUUAGUAGCUCUUCCUCUUCCUCCUCUGCAGGAUGUCUCUGAUUUAUAAUUGUCUGUUUUUGCUUUGUGGUGUGAGGGAGAGGGAUCAGAGGGCAGGAGGAAGGAGCACAGGGGACUGUGGUGAUGGUGCAUGGGUGCCUUGGGGAAAGAAAUUCUAUGGGGAUUACAUCUGAGGCGGAGGGAAGCAAAUAUUGUUUAAAAAUGAACAAUGAUGUAAAAAAAAAAAAGUGCCUUGGUGUGAUCUGAAGUCCCUGUACCUCCCGGAUCAGUGGUCCUGAUCGUUUGCAAAUAAAAUCAUUGUCAACCCCCCUUUUGUAUGACUCAGAACACAUUAUAUAAGUAUUUAGGGAAUUGAGGUAAAUUUCAGGGGCAAAGAACCCUGC